AAUAUUUAGCUAAUAACGGUAAGGACCCUGGAAACAAGCACUGAAAUCUUACGACCGCCAUAUGCAGAAAAAGACGUCAUAGAAAGAUGGCUAAUAAGGCUCUAGUGUACGUCGCUAUUUCUCUAGCUGUGCUAACAACCGGAAAUGAUGUCAAUGCCAAACGACAGAGGUUGUUGUUGGUGUCGUUCGACGGUUUUAGGUGGGAUUUUGACCAAGAUGUGGACACCCCAAAUUUGGAUAGGUUCACCCAAGAGGGGGCCAAGGCACCUUACGUCACACCUGCGUUUCCUACGUUAACGGGGCCGGAUCAUAUCACCAUAGCAACGGGGUUAUAUCCUGAGAGCCAUGGCGUUGUGCAUAACAAAUAUUUCGACAAGGAAACGGGGGUGACUUUUUCAGCACAGCAGACGGAACACAUGAGAGAAUGGUAUGAUAACGGAGCUGAGCCUAUUUGGAACACGGUUAAGAAGCAGGGCAAGAAGGCAGGAGUGUACAUGUUCUACGGAGGCUUCCUACCCAUGCAGGGGAUGCUACCGGACAGAUAUGUGACGUCCAACAGCAGUGCUCCAACUGACGAAGCUGAGUGGCAGAAGAGAGUCGACACAAUCAUUGACUGGUUCUUGGUUGAUGAUUUGGACUUUGUAGCUGUCCAUUGGAACCAGCCGGAUAAAAUAUGCCAUGCUCAAGGACCUGACAGCGACGCCCGUCGGGAGGAAAUCCGCAAGGCAGAUCGGCUCAUCGGCUACCUGGUGGAUCAGAUCAAAGUUCGGGAUCAGCUGAGUGAUCUGAACGUGAUCCUGACGGCAGAUCACGGCAUGAUCACGGCGGAUCCCGUGCCGAAUCCCAUCGAGAUCUACAGCUACGUGUCCCCGUUGGAUCUGAGACUGUUACUAGCGGACUAUGGGCCGCUGGCGCUUAUACAGCCUGAAGACGGAAAACUCCAGGAAGUGUACGACGUACUCCGUACGAGUCACCCCAACAUGACUGUUUACCUGAAGGAAGACUUCCCGGAGCGGUUCCACUUCGCCAACAACCCCCGGAUACCUGACAUCAUAGCGCUGGCCGACUCCAGUUUCAUCAUCCAUUCGACUUAUCCAGGACAAAUUGACGUUCCCGGUCAGCAUGGUUACGACAACGCUCUCCUGAAGAUGAAGGCCGUGUUCAGGGCGCAGGGGCCUGCCUUCCGGCGGGGAUACACGCACCCUCGCCCGUUCGACUCCGUUCACCUGUACGCUCUGAUGUGCGAGAUCCUCGGGGUCAGCCCGGCACCGAACAACGGUACCAUCCAGGAAGUCAGGGCACUAUUGGAUCCUGGUUUUACCAGCGGCGCUACUAGUACGUUAUCAAGUGGUGUAUGUGUAAUUGCUUUUGUGGUAUUUGUGUUACUGUUUGGGGACAAUCACUGAUUGUUUAGACAAAGACAACAUUGUAACCCAAAUUUUCGAAUGAACAGCACCAUUCAGUUUAUGUCAAGGAAUGAACAAUCCACUGCUAUCUUGACGGUGGGCGCCAAAGACUUCCUGCAACUUAUGAUCCACUGCCUACUGAGUCACGUGCUCUAUCUGCUUAACGUGACGUCACAACAGCCAUGGAUUGUUCAUUCCUUGACAAAAACUGGUGCUGUUCAGUCGAAAAUUUGAGUGAGUUGAAUUAUUGUGUUGGAAAUUACGUUUAACUAGUUCAAUAAUGACUUCUACCAACACAGAUGAACUUUCAAUUCAAGUUAACAUUGUAACCCCUUCCACCCUAUGCAGUAACAGUAGUGCCAAAGUACAUUUACAUAUUUUUAUUAACACAUUACAGUUAUGAGGUAUACUUAGCAGCUUCAAUUGAUACAGCACAGCUCUAGUAGUAUAUCUAGCAUUGAUGCCCAUUUUCAUCAAUAAAGGUGGCAUUUCACUGCACUUGGGUCACCGGUGCGGCACC